CUGAGCCUACAGGCAGGAGCGGCGGGGCGGUAGGGGAAUACCCCCUCUCAGUUCCUCGCGAGGGCUUCAGCCAGGACUCUGGGAUCUGGUUUCUCCGCGGGAAACUCUGGGCAGCACCGGUGCUGCGAAGAGGUCAAGGUCACCCAAAGGGCGGGGCAGAUAAGCCUGAGUCACCUACUGCAGACAGGUUGUUUCACCGAUUGCCAGGCGCAGGACGAAGGCUGCCUGGGGACAAAGUGCAGGGAGAUUCCCGAAGAGAUAAGAGGGGAGGGCGAAGGAAGGGGGUGGAGCGAGCGCCCGGGGCUCGAAGAUCCGGCGCUGUGAGGCCAGCUCGGCCCGCCCCGCGGGGAGGAGGCGCCCUAGAGCCUCUUUACCCCAGCCUCCGCCGGGAUGCUCAGGACGCCCGCCGAAGAAAACUCGGCCCGCCCCGCGGCGGAGGCGGGGCCGCCCAGCUCACCUGGCUGUUGGGGCGAGAUCGCCGGCAACCUGGGACAGCUGCGGCCACGGUGAUAUGAGAGGCACUGGAGAAGGGCUCGCCUCGGGGACUCGGCUGGACCUCCUGGACCUCCACGCCCCCCACCGCACGCCGGGCCCUCCCCUAACUCGCUCCCUCUCUCCGCCUCCCCUCCUCGGCGCCCUCCCUUCGAGAGCCCAGUUGCUCAAGCUGCUUCCUUCCCCACCGCUAGCGCCAGUUCCUCUCCCGGUGGGGCUCGGGAAGGGCAACGAACGCGCGACGUCGCGGAGGCAGCCGCCAGACCAUGGCCCAGCUCCGAGGGGCCGCGGACCCUGCGCCCCAGGCCUCCCUCGCGCCCACCCCGCAGCCGCGCAGCUCGAGAGUGGACACCGGCAGCCUGGGCAGGUACCGGGGUGCCGCCGCCGCCUCCCGGGAACCCCCCUUCCAGGGCUUGCUGACGCUCUCCGGAGCAGGCUCCGGGCGCCGGCGGGGGCCGCGCAGGGAGCUGUCUGGGCCGCAGGGGGCGGCUCCCGCCGGGCGGCUGUCUGAGGAGCGCGCUGAGGAGCCGUCCCCGAGCGGGUCCGGUGGCAGCGGGCUGUGCCUGGAGCCGCGGGAGCACACGUGGAUCCUGGCGGCCGCCGAGGGCCGGUUUGAGGUGCUGCGGGAGCUGCUGGAAGCGGACCCUGGGCUGCUCCUGCGGGGUGACCCGGUCACGGGCUACAGCGUGCUGCACUGGCUGGCCAAGCACGGCCGCCACGAAGAGCUCAUUCUGGUGCAUGAUUUCGCCAGGCGCAAGGGACUGCCGCUCGACGUGAGCGCCGCAGGCAGCGGCGGCCUCACGCCCCUCCACCUGGCAGCACUGCAGGGCCACGACAUGGUUAUCAAGGUGCUAGUGGGAGCCUUGGGAGCUGACCCCACGCGCCGCGACCACAGCGGCCACCGGCCUUACCACUACUUGCGUCCCGACGCUCCCCAGAGUCUGCGGGAGCUGUUGGGGGCGGAGGACUGGGAGCUGGUGCAUGGCAGAGACCCCCACAACACCAACAACAACAGCAGCGGCGCCGCUGCAUGGCCGCUGCGACGGACCCCGAGCGCUGCGGGUGCCAAAGCCGUGGAGACUAGCAACAGAGCGGCGACCCCACUGGCCAGAGUGAAAGACGCCACGGGCAGCCGGGUGGCGCAAAUCCAUGGCCUCUUCCGCCAUCUGUUCCCCUUCUUCCAAAACCGUUGAGGGUGACAGUGAUUAGAGAGCUAGAAGUGGCGAGGCCUCAUCCUCAGCAGGUUCUGACACCAAAGAGGCGCCUUUGACUCAGCUUGCACCUGUGAGGUGUAGACCUCGUUGGCCCAACUCGGGUAUCUGUUCCAGGCCUCUCAAAGACGCCAGCCAGAGGGACCCGGAGACUAGGGCAGCCCCUAACGGAGGGAGAGCCCAGGAUCAAGCCCAAAAGGUUCCGGACACCAGUUAGGAACAGAGACCUAGUCCUGCUGAGAGGAAACACCAGUAGCCAUUUCUGAGCCCGGCAGAAGCACUGGUUUAUUGGGAAGCAUUCACCAGAAGAACAAGUUAAAACUGUAAACCACUGGUGCAAAGGAAAUGGCCCACUGACUGCCCAACUCUGCCCUUGUUGAGUAUCACUGCACAGAUGGUUAGCUCCCGGUGAUGGGUGUGAGGCUACUCAUGCCUUCCUGCUACCGUUUUGAUAUAUCACAGGUGACUUCUUAAGUAUAUUAAAGUGCAACCGUUUCUCCUUUCACGUGA